AUGUUUAGCAGAGUUGCAACCAGGAGGUUCAUACCUACUCCUAGGCCAAGUUCGACAAUAGGGGCCAGAUUUAAACUAGCAACACCUCGUUUGACUAAAUCAUACUCCACGGUGAAUCCACCACCACCACCACCACCACCUCAACCUAAAUCUCAACCUACGUAUACUUCGCUUAUUUUUAAUGUAUUCAAAUAUGCGCUCGGUGCCGGUGCACUUGGUGUUGUUGGAUUUAUCGGGUUCGUUGGUUACAAGAUUUAUGUCGAAACACACCCUGGCAAACAAGUGCCACAGUCAGCUACUUUCCCCAGUGGUGAACGGAAAAAGACAUUGGUUCUCUUGGGUUCAGGAUGGGGGUCAGUUGCGUUGUUGAAGAAUUUGGACACUACUUUAUACAAUGUGGUUUUAGUAUCACCAAGAAAUUACUUUUUGUUUACCCCAUUGUUGCCUAGUGUUCCUACCGGAACUGUUGAAAUGAAGUCAAUCAUUGAACCAGUAAGAGCAAUUACCAGAUUAUGUAAAGGACAAGUGGUUUAUUACGAAGCCGAAGCAGUUGAUAUUGACCCUGAAACCAAUACUUUGAAAAUUCAACAAUCAACAACGGUACAUUCGGGUCAUUCAAAACAAUCUUCAGCAUCCACUAAAUCAGAGAAAAUCGGCGAUGGAAAUGUUGAAUAUAUUAAUGCUACACUUCAAUACGAUUACUUGGUUGUUGGUAUUGGUGCUCAACCUUCAACAUUUGGGUUACCAGGAGUUGCUCAACACUCGACAUUUGUCAAAGAAGUAGGAGACUCAUUGAGGAUCAAAAAGACUUUGAUUGACCUAGUUGAAGCCGCCAAUUUAUUACCGGAAAAUGAUAAAGAACGUAAACGAUUAUUGAAUGUUAUUGUAUGUGGUGGUGGGCCAACUGGUGUUGAAGCCGCUGGUGAAAUUCAGGAUUAUAUCGAUCAGGACUUGAAGAAAUGGAUGCCUGAAGUAGCCAAGGAUUUAAAAGUAACGCUUAUUGAAUCACAGCCAAAAGUGUUGCAUACAUUCAAUCCAAAAUUAGUUGAGUAUACAAAUCAAGUUUUCCAAGACACAAAUAUCAAUUUGGUCACCAAUGCCAGAAUCAACUCAGUUGAUGAUAAAUAUUGCACUGUUUUCCACAAGCAAACUAAAGAUACUGAAAUUGUUCCCUAUGGUAUGCUUAUAUGGGCCACUGGGAACGCCACUAGAGAUUUCACACAUGUAUUGAUGGACAAGAUUGACGCACAAAAGAACGCCAAGCGUGGGUUCCUUAUUGAUAAGUAUUUAAAAUUACAAGGUUCUUCAAAUAUUUUUGCCUUGGGUGAUUGUACAUUUACGAAAUAUCCCCCAACGGCUCAAGUGGCUCAUCAACAAGGUGAAUAUUUGGCCGAUUAUUUCAACAAAUUGCAAAAAUUGUCAAGUUUGAAAUACAAGAUUGAUCAUGAAUCUAAAUCAUCACAGACUUUAAUAUCAAGAGCUGAUAGAUUAGAGAAAAAUUUACCCCAUUUCGUUUACAAUUACCAAGGAUCAUUAGCAUACAUUGGAAGUGAGAAAGCCGUGGCUGAUUUGGCCUGGGGGUCGUGGUCGAAUGUGUCUACUGGUGGUAAUUUGACUUAUUUGUUUUGGCGUUCAGCUUAUAUUUACAUGUGUCUUUCUGUUAAGAAUCAAAUUUUGAUUUGUAUUGAUUGGUUGAAAGUGUAUGCUUUUGGAAGAGACUGCUCAAGGGAGUAA